CAAGCACUCUAAAAGAAUUAAAACCUUGACUGUGUGUUAGCUAGUUAGCACGCUUUUACAUCCCAUCGACACUGCACGCGAGCUACAACUGAAGGGCCUCUACCAUAUUCAACAUAUUCGGCAACUUCAAUCGGAUCGUUCUGCUACUAUCGUGAAGUGUGUUUGCAAUGCAGAUGGGCUAUUAGGGCAGCUGCAGGUUUAUGAACAAUCGUGUCCCCUCCAGCAAGAGAUACCAGCCAACUGAGUAUGAGCAUGCGGCCAACUGUGCCACGCAUGGAUUUUGGAUCAUUCCCAGUAUCCUGGGAAGCUCAAUGCUAUACUCACUGUCUGAUGACCAGUGGGAGACCAUCUCCGCAUGGAUGUAUGGUACAGGUCUGUCUGGACUCUUCAUCAUGUCUACCAUGUUUCAUACUGUAACCUGGAAGAAGAGUCAUCUCAGGAAGGUGGAGCAGCGAUUCCACAUGUGUGACAGAAUGGUGAUAUAUUUCUUUAUAGCCGCUUCAUACGCACCCUGGCUGAACCUGAGAGAGUUAGGACCCUGGGCUGUUCACAUGCGCUGGUUGGUGUGGAUCAUGGCUUGUGCUGGCUCUGCCUACGUCUUCUUUUAUCAUGAAAAGAACAAAAUAUUAGACUUACUGUGCUACACUGCCAUGGGAGCUUUUCCUGCCCUUGUUCUUCUGUCAAUGCCUAACAGAGAAGGCGUGUUCGAGCUGUCAGUGGGCGGAGUCUUCUACUGCCUGGGCAUUGUCUUCUUCAAGAGUGACGGCCUCAUUCCAUUCGCUCAUGCCAUCUGGCACGUCUUCGUAGCAGUAGGGGCCGGCGUACACUAUUACGCCAUCUGGAGGUACUUGUAUGCAUCCGGGGCCAGUCAAAUAAAAAUAUCCAGGUGACGUUUGUAAAAGCCCAUGCGUGUUUUACACGUCCAGGGUUUGACCACCAUGUGCCUUUGUAUCCCUCGCAAUUAAUCAUAGAUGGGUAUGUUCUAGUACUAUUGUAUUAAAAUGUUUUUUAUAUUUUUAUGAAAAAUGAUUUCGUUUGCUAGCACUUUCCAGAGAGUCAUUUUUAUAGGUGUAGUGUUGACCUGCUGCCAUAAAGUACUGUUUUAAUGUCAGUGUUUACGACUUAAGAUAUCUAUGAAAGUAUCUAGAGCUACACGUACUGCCUUUAAAAACUUCAUUUGAAUUGAAGUAUACAAACUGCACUUACAGUAUGAAUUAAUAAUUCAUAUUUACUAAAAGUAUACACUACUGUGAUGUAGUAACAUACUACUCGAUCCUCUUUAUCCUGUGUGAGACAUAAAGCAGCUAGCUUAUGAACUAAAGUAUUCAAAAUCACUUUCUAAGUAUUAUUUAAUAAAUCCUCUGUUAUUGGUUUGUGAAAUUUCACAUAGAAAUCUAGAUUAGACAACAUGAUUCUUUAUGAGGUUAAACAUUCAAGCCACUUAUCCGUUAUAGGUGCAGUUUCCCAGACAAGGCUUAAAGGCGGGGUGCAUGAUCUUUGAAAGCCAAUGUUGACAUUUGUAAACACCUAAACUGGACCUUAUUUUGAUAGACCCGCCCCACACAUACGUAAACCCAGGCAGCGAUGUUGGACACGCCCCUUGGGGCUGAUUGGCUACAAGUGUGUUUUGAUAGUCGGCCAACUCCCUUUUUCAAAGCGUUUUUAAAAAAUCAUGCACCCCGCCUUUAAGAACUAAAGCUUGCACUGACCUGUUUUUAAAUAUAUCAAUAAUACUAAUAUAAAUAAGGCCCAGUCCUGGCUUAAUCUAAAUCCUGUCCGGGAAACCACCCAAUAGUGUUAUUUUAUUUGUUGUUAUAGAGAUCAGCUAUAGAUUUUGUUUCUGUAGACCAAUUGGUAGAGCAUUGUGUUGUGUUAGCAACGCAAAGGCCAAGGGUUCAAUCUCAGAACACAUCUACUGAAUAAAAAUGUAUAGCUUGGAUGCACUAUAAGCUAUACAAAAAAAGCUGUAAAAGUAAACGAUGAUCGUUCCCUUUCCGUGUUUAGUGCUAUUUCGUAAUGCUGGGUACUUUUAAAACAGAAGCUGUUGUUCAUGUAAAUCCGGUUGUUAUAUGACAGGACAGUUCUGUGUUGGAUACAAGACAACAUCUGGUAUGCUGUUGUUUACCACAGCUGACAAUUUAUUUCGUUUCUUAAUUUAGUUAAGACAAAAACUAAUGCACUUACAGUGUCUGUGUAUCUAUAGGGCACAAGAUUUCGACGCGUUUUUAAGCAGAAGUGUACAGUUUCGUCUGUUUUGGUUAAAGUACUUACAUUAAGUAUAAAGAUGUGUUAUUGGGUCAGGAAGUUGAAAUCUUCAUUGAAGCAGCAGGACUACUACUGUAAGUGAAAGAAGUUUAAUCCAUUUUUGAUCUCUUUCUGGAGUCCUUGCAUGCUUCAACAUGACUGGCUUUACAUGGUCAAAGAAAGUGGCAUUUUGUAUUUGGGUUUUGAUCACACUUGGGUAAAGUUUAGGAAGAGUGUGCAUUUGUAUGUUUAUUUCUAUUCACUGCACAAGUGCAUUACUGUAAACUUGAGUUUUGCUUGGUUUUACAAACUAUGUAUGUAUGUAUGUAUGUAUGUAUGUCAAUGAUCCUGUGAACAAAGCACCAUUUGUAUUUAACCUAGAAAAUAAAAAACAAAAGGAGCAUCUGUAACGAAAACUAAUUUUCAGCACUGUAACUCAUUUUGUCUUAAUGCCAUGUGAAUACAGACUUAACUGUUUUUAAUAUCAGAUGUCUUAUUUUAAUGAUGUUUUGUAUAUUGAUGGCUGUAUUGUUAGUUUUGUUUCUUUUAAAAACCUAAGUGGCGUUAAUCAAUACAACCUAAGAAUGCACAAU